AUGAGCUCUGGGUCAACUAUUCAUGUCGAGGCUGCGCCACUGGACGAGCCCAAUGGCAGAGUCAACGUCAAAACAAUCGUUCUCGUCAUGGCCAUUGACCUUAUCUACCUUGCUCAGCUCGUUUUACUUGUUGGAUGCGGCGCUUACGCCUGCAGCAUCACCGCCGUCAUUGGCGGACAAUCUCAAAUCGUCUGGUUGACAGCAAGUCUCGUGAUUGUUCCUACGGUCCUCGGUCCACCCAUCAGUCAGGCUGCUGAUUACUGGGGUCGAAAAUGGUUCCUUGUGAUCUUGACGGCUUUGGGGAUAAUAGGUACUAUUAUCGUCUCUCGAGCCAACAGCAUCGGCGUCGCCAUUGCCGGCUUUUCUCUCUCUGGACUCUCUUUCAGCGCACAACCCCUAGUGCAUGCUGUGCCAUCGGAAGUCCUCCCGCGAAAAUGGAGACCUUGGGCUCAAGCAAGCAUUAAUAUCUUCGCCUCCGUGGGAGGCGUGUUUGGUCUCCUUGUUGGUGGGCAGUUGACUCGGAAUGGGAACGAUGAAGGAUUCAGAGCAUUCUUCUAUAUCACCGCAGCCAUUUAUGCUGUAUCCACAGUUCUCUGUGCGGUGUUGUACAACCCGCCACCAAGAGAGCUUCAAAAGGAAUUCUCAACCAUGCAAAAGCUCCGGAAACUCGACUGGAUUGGCUAUGGAAUCUUGAUAUCUGGCCUGGUGCUCUUUUCUCUCGGCCUCUCCUGGGCCCAGAACCCAUAUCCAUGGUCGACUGCAAACGUUCUGGCACCAUUUCUGGUCGGUUCAGUACUCGCCAUUAUCUUCAUCCUCUAUGAAUCCAUUGGCAGAAAAGACGGCAUGGUUCAUCAUGGGUUGUUCAAACAUCGCAAUUUCGCCCUUGCCUUGGUUUGCAUCUUUGUCGAGGGAGUUAUAUUCUUCGCGGCCAACAACUAUUUCGCUUUCGAAGUCAGCGUACUGAGUUCUCAAGAUCCUCUAGUGGUUGGCCUACACUAUUCAGUCAUGUUUUACGUCAUGAGUGUGAGUGCCCUCGGCGCAGGAGUGUACUGCUCCUGGCGAAGAUCAUUGAGAGGGCCACUGGUCUUCUCUUUCGCAUGCUUUGUGGGGUUCAAUGGAGCAAUGACAAGCGUGAAGGCGAAUACCUCUCUAGCCGUCCUCUGGGGUCUUCCGGCAUUGUUGGGUGCAGGAGUGGGAAUCAGUAUAGUGGCGUUACUCACGGUCGCACAACUAUCGACGCCUCCCGCACUGAUAGCCAUCGCCUCUGGGUUGAUGAUUUCAAUUCGUUCCUUGGGUGCCAGUGUGGCAGUCGCAAUCUACAACGCCAUCUUCAAUCACACCUUUGGUGCUAAUUUGGCUCCCAAGAUUGCCGAUGCGACCCUACCGCUAGGUUUUCCAGCAAGCUCGCUCGGCGAGCUGAUUUCAGCCCUCUUAGCCAGAGACAACGAGGCUUUGGCACAGAUCGAUGGUGUCACGCCUGAAAUAAUUGGCUCUGCAGUGGCUGCAGUGACAGAUACUUAUGUGGCUUCGUUCAAGAAUGUAUGGGCUGCAGCAGCAUGCUUCUCUGUUGUACCAUUGAUAUUGUCUGUGUUUAUCCUCGAUCCCGUGGAGACAUUUACUUCGCAUAUUGAUGCACCUCUUGAGAAGAUACAAAUUGAGGUUGAUGAACGGCUUCCAGAGUCGUCAUUAAAAUCAUAA